AACCAGAUGACGUGUUUUUUUCUCAUCCAACCAUAGUUAGAGGAUGUGCCACGGGGGGACUGGAAUGGGACCUUUAUUUUCCCACGAAAUCCGCGUCACACUACCAACAUUGUCGGUUGUACUGCUAGCUACCGUCUUAACAUCAGAUGGUGGAUGCUCUAAGAGAGGAUUUCGGCCGGUUUGGAAACAGAUGUCAGUUGGCAGAUAUGGUGAGAACCAGCACCAUGGCUGAGCUGCAAGCCUUCCAGCACUCUCUCAAGGCGGCAGGCCCAGCGGGGGAAAGUUGUGGUGGAAUUCAGCAGAGCAGGGCAGAAACCGAGGACAGGCCUCAGCGCCUCUCUCAAAACUCUACAGAGAUGGAGGUCAGUCUGCCUCUGAGCAUCCCUGAUGCAGCCAAGCGGAAGAAGAAAAGGAGGACAAGAGCAACUGACAGCUUUACAGGAAACUUUGCAGAUCUGUACAAACUUACGGACGAGAUGUUGGGCCAGGGUGCAUAUGCCAAAGUCCAGGGAUGCAUAAGUCUUCAGAAUGGACAGGAAUUUGCUGUGAAGAUCAUAGAAAAGAUCGCAGGACACAGUCGCAGCCGAGUGUUCAGAGAGGUGGAGACGCUCUACCAGUGCCAAGGAAACAGGAACAUUUUGGAAUUGAUACAGUUCUUUGAGGAUGAUUCGUGCUUUUACUUGGUGUUUGAGAAGUUGAGAGGAGGCUCAAUUUUGACCCAUAUCCAGAACCGCAAGCACUUUGACGAGCUGGAGGCCAGUAGAGUGGUGAGGGAUAUCGGCCAAGCUCUCAACUUCCUCCAUACCAAGGGCAUUGCUCAUAGAGACCUUAAACCAGAGAAUAUCCUAUGUGAAUACACUGACCAGGUGUCUCCUGUCAAGAUCUGUGACUUUGAUUUAGGAAGUGGAGUAAAGCUCAGUAGUGCCUAUACCCCCAUUACAACUCCGGAGCUUACCACACCGUGCGGCUCGGUAGAGUACAUGGCCCCUGAGGUGGUGGAGGUGUUCACGGACGAGGCGUCCUUCUACGACAAGCGCUGCGACCUGUGGAGCCUGGGGGUCAUCCUCUACAUACUGCUGAGCGGCAGCCCUCCAUUCACGGGCCACUGUGGAAGCGACUGUGGCUGGGACCGGGGAGAGAAAUGCCGCUCUUGCCAGAGCCACCUUUUUGAGAGCAUCCAGGAGGGGAAGUACGAGUUCCCCGAGCGUGACUGGGCCCACAUCUCUCAGGGAGCCAAAGACCUUAUUUCCAAGCUGCUGGUCAGAGACGCCACGCUCCGUCUCAGCGCCGCCCAAGUCCUUAAGCACCCUUGGGUACAGGGGAACGCACCAGAGAGAGGCCUCCCAACCCCGCAUGUUCUGCAAAGGAACAGCAGCACCAAAGAACUGACUCAGUUUGCCGCAGACGCCAUCGCCUUCAACCGGCAGCUGUCACAGCAUGACGAGGAGCAGGAGGACGCCGGUGCCAUCGUCUGCUCCAUGAGGCUGUCCCCCCCCUCCAACUCCAGACUGGCACGGAGGCGGGCACAGUCUAACGCCAUGCGCACCCCAGACUUCCUGCCCGCCACGGAGAGCCUCACCUCGUGAUUGGCUCUGUGGGGGAUGAUUCCAGGGCCAGCACUUCUGCUGCUACGAGUUUUGAGUGCUGAGUUCCCUGAUCUCCCUUCCCCCCUUCUUCCUCUUGCUUUAUCUCUGUGGGUGUUCCAGAAUAUCUCCAUAAGACAGACGAGUGCUCAGAGACGGUUGCCAAGGGCAUCUUAGGAUGGACAGACACUGUCUAAGGUGGCUGAUAGUUGCCUUUAUCAGUGCAGCUAGUUUCACAGGUUGUAGCCCUUUUGUUAGAGCUGCUGUCAAGGCCAGUAAUCAUCAUAUCACGGAAGCAGGGAAACAAAGGGAAAACGUUUUAUGAAUUAUUAUUAUUAUUUAUUUUAUUUUUUUGACUACGCCAUCAGAUUCCCAUCAUAUGGACGGUCACCUUUUGAUUCUAGCUACACAUUUUUAAAGUAGGUCAAUUAUUCUAGAUACAAGUUAAAGUAGGUCAGUUAUACUUUAAUAUAAGUAUAUUUUAGUAUUUUAUAGUACAUAGCUUUGCUGUCUUAGUGUAUUCCAUUUAAAUUUGAAUCUUACUGUAUUAUCUUGCUAUUGUGCUAAUAGCCCCUAGUACAAUUAGAUUCAUAAUCAAGUGUUUAUGGGGAGAUUAUAAUUUUGUAUUUCUUUUAUAUAUAUUCUUUUUAAACCAGCUACCUGGAGCACUUAGGUACUUUAAACAAAAAAAUAUUGCUUAUACUAUGAUUAGUAUGGGAUGAUUCUAGAUUAAUGACAUUGAGAAAUAUUGAAAAACAUUACCUCAAUUACUAAUUUGCAUGUAUUGUAUAUUUGGCCAAUUUGUCCAAAUUAUAUAAUCAUUGAAUGACCUUCCAUUGUAAGGUUUUUGUAACAGCCUGUAUCUCCAUUUAUGGACUUAACAUAUCAAUUAACAACAUAUUCUUGGAAUAAGUUUGUAUGCUUUUAAAUUGUGAAAGAUGGUUUUACAUUUUCUGGUUUUCUAUUUUAUUUAUUUUUGUCCAUCUUUUUAGAUGGGAAUGAUUGGAAAGAGUGUACCUUGGUCGUUGGGUCAAGGAAGUAUUUUUCUGUAUAGAUUAUUUUAUUAUGUUGUAUGUGCCAAACACAACAGAUCUCGUGCCUGUGACAUUCAUUAUACAGUUAUUGUUAUGUAUUGAAAACCUAGUUACUGAAGUUUAAACAUUCUUUGAAAUUGCUAUGUUUUUAUUAAAAGAUUUCUCCAUG